AGAUACACCAUCCCCAAGAACUACCACGGCCUUACCCUCAACCAAGCCGCCAAGUACGGUGUCCUCGCCGCCGGUUUCGGCGGUGUAGCCGGCUUCUUCGCCCUCUUUUUCUUCGCCGAGGUACCCAAGGUACGCGACGACAUCAUGAAGAAGAUUCCCGUUCUCGACAAGUUCUUCACCCACGAGAUACCGCCCGAGGAUAACCCUUUCUGA